UGCUUCUGCACCAACCAUGGCCACCUUCGUGGAACUCAGUACCAAAGCCAAGAUGCCCAUCGUGGGACUCGGCACCUGGAAGUCUCCUCCAGGCAAAGUCAAAGAGGCUGUGAAGGCAGCAAUUGACAUAGGAUAUCGCCACAUCGACUGUGCCUAUGCCUACAGGAAUGAGAACGAGGUCGGGGAAGCUAUCCAGGAGAAGAUCCAAGAGAAAGUUGUUAAGCGGGAGGACCUCUUCAUCGUUACCAAGUUAUGGCUCACCUUCUUUGAGAGGUCCCUCGUGAAGGAAUGCUGCAAGAAGACCCUCAAGGAUCUGAAACUGGACUAUCUCGACAUCUAUGUUAUUCACUUUCCACAGGGAUUACAGGCUGGUAAGGACUGGUUCCCUAAAGAUGACAAAGGCAAUGCUAUCCCCAGUAAAGCAACAUUCUUGGAAACCUGGGAGGCCAUGGAAGAGCUGGUGGAUGAGGGGCUGGUGAAAGCCAUUGGGCUCUCCAAUUUCAACCACUUCCAAACUGAAAGGCUCUUGAACAAACCUGGACUGAAACAUAAACCAGCGACUAACCAGAUUGAGUGUCACCCAUACCUGAAGCAGGAGAAACUGAUCCAGUACUGCCACUCCAAGGGCAUCACAGUCACUGCCUACAGCCCCCUGGGUUCUCCAGAUAGACCUUGGGCCAAGCCAGGGGACCCUUCACUACUAGAGGAUCCCCAAAUUAAGGAGAUUGCAGCAAAGCACAAUAAAACCACCGCCCAGGUUCUGAUCUGGUUCCAUAUCCAGAAGAAUGUGCCCGUGAUCCCCAAGUCUGUGACUCUCCAACGCAUUGCUGAGAACUUUAAGGUCUUUGACUUUAAAUUGAGUGAUGAGGAGAUGGCGACCAUACUCACCUUCAACAGAAACUGGAGGGCCUGUGUCGUGGAACAAUUCUCUCAUUUGAAGGAUUAUCCCUUCAAUGAAGAAUACUGAAACUGAGCCUCCAGA